AUGGGUCAAAGUAACUACAAACAUUCGUUUAUAAAAGCUUAUGCUUCAGAAGAAGAAGAGGCAGCAGAUAUUAACAAUUUACAAGCAGAAUUUAAAGAACAAAUAACUGUCUUAUAUAUGAAUAUGGAUAUGAAUAUGAAUACAAAUAUGGAUAUAAAUGUAGAUAUAAAUGUGAAUACAAAUAUAGAUAUAAAUAUGGAUAUGAAUAUGGAUACGAAUAUGGAUACAAACAUGAAUAUGGAUAUAGAUACAGAUAAUAAAGCUGCAAUUAUUAUUAUCAGCAAGAAGCAUUUGUUGAAUGAUAGUAUAUCUAUAUAUGAAUAUCAGAUUGAAACAAAUUAUAGCCUUCUUGAUGAGAUUCGGUAUACACAAGUAAUUUCAGAAACUGUUAAGCGCAAUUUGACCUAUAAAGUGAAAUAUAAUCAGGGUUUCAGCUAUACAAAAAAGGCAGUUAAUUUAGCUCUAAAAACUGGAUGUGAAGAUGAGUUAAAUAAACUUUUACAAGAUUGGAUUAAGGAAACAAAAAGAAAGAUUUAUUGUGAUUCAAAUGAAUCUAACAAGCAGAAUUUGCCAAAUAUAAGCAAUCUUUAUUUAACUCAAACAAAAGAUGCAUCUAAAAAACGUAUUAAAAGCAUAUUUGAAAAAUCUAUUUCUAAAUAUUGUAGUAAAGAUAAUACUUGUAUCAUUAUGAAAAAUUUACAAAAUUCAAAUCAUGAAUAA